ACCUCUAUUUCUCUCCUCCAAUUCUUCCUCCUCCUCAGACUCUUGAUUUGUUUAAUAAAUUUCAUUUUUUUUAUUUGGGUUUCCAUGCAAUCUUCAGAACAAUCAUUGAUACAACUGGUAAAUCCAUGAUAUCAACCUAUUUCAUUUUUUUUUCUUGACCUUUGCCCCUCCAUUUCUCUGCUUCAUCUACUCGCCCUGCAAACCGAGAUCCAAUUCCAGGUGCUUGGAUAGGGCUCCAGCAUUGAAAAAGGAACAUAGUAGUUCAUAUAAUAUCACUUUGAUUCUGAGUUUAUUGCCGAAGGAGAUAUUGAGAUGGUGUUUUCUAUUCAAAAAUGGAAAUGCUCGUGGUCUCUGGUGUCUUCAAUUGCUUCCGUUAUUGUUUUGGUUUCUGUAGUUCAUCUAUUUCUGUUUCCUGUGGUGCCUUCUUUUGAUUACUUCAGUACUCGGCAAGUUCAGAACUCUUGUAUUCCAAUUAAUGCAUCAAUUGAACGUGGAACUCAUAAUGCUAGGGAAAAUAUGCAACCAGGUGUUAGUUUAGAUCAAAAGUUUCCAUCUGAUUUGCAUAAUGCAGUGGUUUAUCGUAAUGCGCCAUGGAAAGCAAAUAUUGGGCAGUGGCUUUCUGGUUGUGAUGUGGUUACUGGGGUAGUAAACAUUGUUGAGACAGUAGGUGGCAGGGGCUGCGAGAAUGACUGUAGUGGUCAAGGUGUUUGUAAUCAUGAAUUGGGACAAUGUCGGUGCUUUCAUGGGUUUAGUGGGGAAGAUUGCUCUGAGAGGUUGCACUUGAGUUGCAAUUACCCAGCAACACCAGAGCAACCCUAUGGGCGUUGGGUUGUCUCAAUCUGUUCUGCCUAUUGUGACACUACAAGAGCUAUGUGCUUUUGUGGAGAAGGCACAAAAUACCCAAAUCGCCCUGUGGCAGAGUCAUGUGGGUUUCAAAUCAAUCUGCCUUCUGAACCUGGCGCUCCCAAACUGACUAAUUGGUCAAAAGCUGACCGGGAGAAUAUAUUCACAACAAAUGGUAGCAAACCUGGAUGGUGUAAUGUAGACCCUGCUGAUGCAUAUGCUUCCAAGGUGCAAUUCAAAGAGGAGUGUGACUGCAAAUAUGAUGGUCUCUGGGGACAUUUCUGUGAAGUGCCUGUGCAAUCUAUAUGUAUAAAUCAAUGCUCCAGACAUGGGCAUUGCCGUGGUGGAUUUUGUCAGUGCAGUGAUGGAUGGUAUGGAAUGGACUGCAGUAUUCCUUCUGUUAGGUCACCAUUAGGGGAGUGGCCUAAGUGGCUUCGACCUGCUGAGGUUGAUAUUCCUAAUGAUGCACUUACAGGGAGUUUUGUCAACCUCAAUGCUGUAGUGAAAAGGAAAAGGCCCCUUAUAUAUGUUUAUGAUUUACCGCCGAACUUCAACAGUUUACUUCUUGAGGGACGGCACUUCAAGUUUGAGUGUGUAAAUAGAAUCUAUGAUGAUAGGAAUGUGACAAUAUGGACUGAUCAGUUGUAUGGCUCCCAGAUGGCACUCUAUGAAAGUAUUUUAGCAAGUCCUCAUCGAACGUUAAAUGGUGAAGAAGCAGACUUUUUCUUCGUUCCUGUUCUGGAUUCAUGCAUCAUAACCCGUGCUGAUGAUGCACCUCACCUUAGUAUGAAGGAGCAUAUGGGAUUGAGGAGCUUUCUGACUUUGGAAUUCUAUAGGAAGGCAUAUGAUCACAUUGUUGAGAAAUAUCCUUACUGGAAUCGCUCAUCAGGACGAGACCAUAUUUGGUUUUUUUCAUGGGAUGAAGGUGCUUGCUAUGCGCCUAAGGAGAUAUGGAAUAGCACGAUGUUGGUUCACUGGGGUAAUACAAAUUCAAAGCAUAACCAUUCAACAACAGCUUAUUGGCCUGACAAUUGGAAUGACAUUUCUUCUGAUAAAAGAGGCAACCAUCCUUGUUUCGACCCUCAUAAAGACCUUGUGCUUCCUGCAUGGAAACAUCCUGAUAACUAUGCACUGAACAAGAAACUUUGGUCUACGCCUCGUGAGAUGCGGAAGAAACUAUUUUAUUUCAAUGGAAACCUUGGACCAGCUUAUACAAAUGGAAGACCAGAAGAUUCGUAUAGUAUGGGUAUCAGACAAAAACUUGCAGAAGAGUUUGGAUCCAGCCCUAACAAGGAGGGAAAACUUGGAAAGCAACAUUCAGAAGAUGUCAUUGUGACACCUCUACGUUCUGGAAAUUAUCAUGAGGAUUUGGCCAGUUCUGUUUUCUGUGGGGUCCUGCCUGGAGAUGGUUGGAGUGGCCGGAUGGAAGAUAGUGUUCUACAAGGGUGCAUUCCUGUAAUUAUUCAGGAUGGAAUCUUCUUGCCCUACGAGAAUGUGCUCAACUAUGAUAGCUUUGCUGUUAGAAUACGUGAAGAUGACAUCCCAAAUUUGAUAAAGAUUCUUCGGGGAUUUAAUGAGACUGAAAUAGAUUUCAAGUUGAGAAAUGUGCAGAAAAUCUGGCAGCGGUUCUUGUAUCGUGACUCUAUUUUGUUAGAAGCUGAGAGGCAAAAAACUGUUUUUGGCCAUGUAGAUGAUUGGGCAGUUCAAUUCUUGCAAUUAACUGAAGAUGAUGUCUUCUCCACAUUUUUACAGGUUUUGCACUUCAAGUUACAUAAUGAUCCAUGGAGGCGACAGCUUGUUAAUGUGAAGAAAGAAUAUGGAUUAUCACAAGAAUGUCUGAUAAAAUCCGAGUAAAUUGCAUGCUGCCUCAGAGAUUGCUGAAGUUCAACAAGAGGCAAAAGACAGCAUUGAUGCAUAUGCCUUUUCACUUUGGAUAUUAAAAAGAAGCUACAGCUACAGCUUAGAUGCAUAACCGUGUAGCAAGCUAGAUGUAUUCAAACCAAGCAUUUGUGGGAAAAGAAUAAAAUUUUU